UUCACUUUGUUUCCAAACACUCACAUAAAGGAAAAAUGAGGGGAAAUUUGAAGAAGACAAAAGGUGAAGUGAAGCCUUCCCAGAAAUUCACCUAACCUACUCCCACUUUACAAUGUCUUCUUCUCCAUGUGCUAAUGACAACAACAUAUCCCCAAUAGCAACAAGAGGUCAUAUCUCUCACCAGGAGGCAGGGGCGUUGAAGACAACAACUAGUGGCCUCUUUGUUUCCAUAUUGACCUUUGUUAUUUAUAUUCAAAAUCCAGCAGCGUUUGUGCGUUGACAAGUACAAUUAAUAAUGCAAUAUUUAUUUGUUGGAGUCUGUAUUUGGGGUAUGGGGCUAUAAAACAGUGCCAACUGAUAUCCCAGGAUUGGUUUAUAAUGAUUAUCCGCUAAUAAAACCCCUGCCUCAAAUCAUAUCUCGUGCUGUUUUCUUCUACUCUUAACCUUCUCAUCUCUUUUUCUUUGCUUGGAUUCUUAAGGUUACUGGAUGGUUUUAUCCGGGAACAAGAUUCACCCUCUCUUCUUCUCUGGCUUCUAUUAUUUCUGGUGAUCAAGACUUCGUUUUCAGGUUCCGUUGAAUUUUGUGAACAAAAACAGGCAAAAAAGAAGGGGCGUUCAAUUUUCGCAUUGGUGAAUCAAAACAGGCUUCUUUUGUGAAUGGAUGUUUUGAAGAUGAAAUGGAAGAAAAACGUGAUUGUCAGGGCCUGGGAAAGAUGCUGGUCGCUUGGAACUGGCAGCAAGAAGUCAUCAGGAACUUCUUGUGACGCAUUGAAGAAGAGCAAGUCAUGGCACUGCUGUACAACAAGAUCAUCGUCUUCCCUGGAAGAAGAUCAUAAAGGGAAAAACAAGUGUCAGGUAGCUCCAGAAGGCUGCUUUUCUGUCUAUGUUGGACCCCAAAGACAAAGAUUCGUGAUCAAGACCGAGUUUGCCAACCAUCCAUUGUUCAAGAUGUUGCUAGAAGACGCUGAACUUGAAUAUGGUUUCAGCAGUGAAGGUCCCCUUCAGCUUCCUUGCGAUGUUGAUCUGUUCUACAAAGUUUUGGCAGAGAUGGACAGUGGAGAAGAAAUAAGCACUCCCGUUUGCAGCUUUGCUUACAGUCCAUUAAUCAUUUGCACCCCUUCUCGUCGCCAGAGUUCUAGUAUCAAUGAAGGCUAUGGAUCAUAUAAACUUUUUACUCCAUCUCGAAUGCUUAAAUUGAAUAGUUAUUAAACUACCGUUUACAAAAUUUUCCCAUUCUUUUAUAAACUAGGAUUGGAUUUGGGAAGAUCUUGCACAUACAUCAAUGUAAUUCAAAGUGGUGUUUUGUUUUCAUAAUUUAGUGCAUAUACUAAAAAUAUUAGUACACUUAAUGUCUAUGUCCGAGCAUAAAAGCAAGAUUCGAAUCCCUUUUUUUUAAAUAAAAAACUUUGAAGGGGAAGAUAAAGAUCAAAACGGAUGAAAAAGACCGACAAGUGGUUGGCAUUAUAGUUAAGGUUAAUCUUUCUUGAUCAAGA